AUAACUGUAAGAAUAUUGGAAUAUUUACCCUUAAUUUUGCAAAUGGUAUGGUAGGAGUAUUCGUAUGGUGCCGCGGUGGCCUCAAGAUGGCGCCUGGCUGCCUCAUUUGUUUACAUCCACACAAGGCGGCAGAGAAGCAAACAUGCUGCCCCUGUCACUGCUCAAGACAGCACAGAACCACCCCAUGUUGGUGGAGCUCAAGAAUGGGGAGACAUACAAUGGAAACCUGGUGUCCUGCGACAACUGGAUGAACAUCAACCUCAAAGACGUCAUCUGCACCUCACGGGAUGGCGACAAGUUCUGGAGGAUGCCAGAGUGUUACAUCCGUGGCUCCACCAUCAAGUACCUGCGGCUGCCUGACGAGGUGAUUGACCUGGUGAAGGAGGAGGUGGUGGCGCGGGGCCGCGGCCGAGGGGAGAGCAGAGGCCGAGGUGGCCCUGGCCGAGGCCGUGGUGGCCCUGGGAGAGGAGGCUUUGGUGGGCGUGGGCGUGGCGGGCCACCCGGUGGUGGGGGCCGCGGAGGGCCGGGGCGAGGUGGUAUCAAGAAAAAGGAAGGAUUCAAGUAGCUAUUAGAUGAAAAUAUUAUUUAUUUUGUUACAAGAAUUUACAGCCAUGGGUGUGUGGUUCACCUGGUGGUGUUGCCUUCAUUGGCAACUUCCUUUGCCAACACAGGACUUGUUUCAGUAUGAAAUACAUGAAGUACAAAGGAAAUCUUUGUAGCAUUGUGGACAUUUCUUUGGUUGUUGAUAUACAUGAGUAAAAUUACCUUCUAUCUUGUCAUCACUGAACAGAUUAGCCUUUGCUAAGUCUAAAGCCAUUAGCAGACAUAACCAUAUUUUCAGUUUCUUUUGAUCUGACAUGUUCAAUAUUUGGUGAAGUACAUUACAAAUUCUAAAUAAUCAGUGUUAUCUAUACUUUAUAUCAAAGUUUAUAAGUAAAUGAGGGAUGCAGUUUUUUGUUUUAUUCCAUAUAAUAUAAAACACAUCUGCUUUAUGAAACUAAGUAUGGUUUUAUUUCCUGUUUGUAGCACCACAGGAAAUUAACUGUGACCACAGAGUAAAACAGAAUAUUACUAUUUGCUGUAUAACUGAUAUGAUUAUGGGGGCAUGCCUGUAUCUGGGCUCUUCCUGGUGGCCCAAGAAUAUUCUGUUUUCCACACACAGUCUAUACCAUAACCUCACCACACUCUCCACAAUCAGUUUGGAACAUAAAUGCCUUAUCUUAACAAAAGUGCCUUAGCUUAAGUGCCCCUCAUUUAGGGUGAAGUCAGCCAGCAAUACAGAUGAAUUGCUUUGUGUUUGCCACAUCAUGGCUGUGCAGAUCCAUAUUGUCACUAGUACACGGUUAAAUAAGAACAACAGUGUAGAGAAGACCAAGACAUUCCAGUGUGUGUUGGCGUGUAAGGUGUAAAAUCUCUGCUACAUCCCUUUAUGGCAGUGGCUACCUGAUAUGUCAAUGAAUACUAUUAAUUUACUAGUGUUAUAAGUGGCUAGCUGCAUUAUGUCUAAGCCAGUACAGUACAGUGGUCCACAAGACUGUAACUUUCCAAUGGGGACUGAUAGAGUUAAGUGUGAAUGACUGUAUGUGGUGCCUUGUCUGGGCUGCCCUGCACGGGAUUGCUGGCCUGGUAUGUAGAUAGUGAUAGAUUGUUAUUGUGUUAUGAGGUGUGACACUUUGCCUCAGCUAGCUUUCUGUCAGUGUGAAUGUCAACCUGGUACAAGUGGCUAUGGCUUGUCAAUAUAAAGUAGGAAACAUAAUAUGGGCUAAAGUGUGAAUAAAUGGUGGAAGACUGUCAUGAGUAUCUGGUUCAUAAACACACUGUGGGGGACAUACUGUGGAUCUAUGGGUUGAGAGAGAGAGAGAGAGAGAGAGAGAGAGAGAGAGAGAGAGAGAGAGAGAGAGAGAGAGAGAGAGAGAGAGAGAGAGAGAGAGAGAGAGAGAGAGAGAGAGAGAGAGAGAGGUAGUGUCUUGUCUUAUCUCAUUUCCUAUAAGGGGUGGAAUGUUAGCCUAUAAUAUAGACAAAAUUAAUUUAACAAACAUGACUGACAUAAAAGUAUCCAUAGCCAAAAUGAAUUUCAAGGAGGGAACUGAUAAAGCUUUCCUCAACAGCAUAUCCACUACACAUGCCACACCCCAUUUGUUAUGUUAUUUGUCUAUGAAGUUACCAAGAUGUGUCUUUCCAGUCUCAUUCACUCUGACUCAAGCCAUGAUGAGGCAUGUCUAACAAAAUAGUGAAAGGUUGAAAAUAAUAAUGACAAACAAAGCCAGCAUUGUGGGGGUUUUAGCUUUGUACUUCAGGGAUGUAAAGUGUGUGUGUGUGUGUGUGUGUGUGUGUGUGUGUGUGUGUGUGUGUGUGUGUGUGUGUGUGUGUGUGUGUGUGUGUGUGUGUGUGUGUGUGUGUG